ACCGAGCCCCAACCAUGGAACACCCCACCACCGCCGCCCACGUCGCCGCUCUCCUCCACUCAUGCAUCGCCGCGCGCGCGCUCCGCCGCGCGAAAUCCGUCCACGCGCGCAUCGUCGCCUCCCCCGCGCUCUCCUCCGACACCUUCCUCUCCAACCGCCUCAUCGAGCUCUACUCCCGAUGCGGCCUCCCACACUACGCCGCCCACGUGUUCCGGUCCAUCCCCGACCCCAACGUGUUCUCCUGGAACGCCAUCGUCGCCGCCGCGUCCAAGUCCCGCGACCUCGGCCUCGCCCACCACCUGUUCGACCAAAUGCCCCGCAGGAACGCCGUCUCCUACAACACCAUGAUCGGCGCCCUCGCGCGCGGUGGCUCGCCGCGCGACGCCUUAAACUUGUACUCUGCCAUGUUAUCGGAAGGUCUCGCGCCGACGCAUUUCACGUUUGCGAGUGUUCUGAGCGCGCUGGGGAGCUCGAUGGGGUUGUGCGAGGGUAGGAAGUGUCACGGGCUUGUUGUUAAAGUGGGACUUGAUGGGAACUUGUUCGUGGAGAACGCUUUGCUCGGGAUGUACGCCAAAUGUGGGAGUUUUGAGGAUGCGGUUAAGGUGUUCGACGAAAUGGCGCAGCCGAACGAGGUGUCCUUUACUGCUAUGAUGGGUGGUUUGAUGCAAAGUGGAUCCGUUGAGAAAGCUUUGAGAUUGUUUGCGAAGAUGCACACGAGCGGAAUUCGCGUGGAUCCGGUAGCUGUUUCGAGUGUCUUGGGUGCUUGUACUAGAGUAGAAGAUAAGGAAUCCGAUAUCCUUCUCGGCCAAUCGAUACAUACUAUGGUUAUUAAAAGUGGGUUUGAUUCUGAUGCCCAUGUGAGCAAUUCGUUGAUCGAUUUGUAUGCGAAGUGUGGCGACAUGGAUAAGGCUCUUGUGGUUUUCAAUGUGACGCCUGAUGUUAGUGUUGUUUCUUGGAACAUCCUGAUAGCUGGAUACGGUCAGAGAGGUGAUAGCAAGAAAGCUAUUGAAAUGUUGCAGUUGAUGCAGCGAUUAGGGUUUGAGCCCGACGAGGUCACUUAUAUCAGCAUGCUUGCCGCAUGUGCUAGAACAGGGGACAUUGCAUAUGCCCGUGAAAUGUUCGAUAAAAUCGUGAGCCCAAAUGUGACUUCCUGGAAUGCUAUUUUAUCUGGGUACUCCCAAGAAGAUUCGCUUGAAGAAGCGAUCAGCUUGUUCAGGAAAAUGCAGCUUUCUAAUGUUCGACCUGAUCGAACCACUCUAGCUCUUAUUCUUAGCUCAUGUUCAGGAUUAGGCCUCUUGGAAUGCGGAAAACAAGUUCAUUCUGCAUCGAUAAGGCUCGCGCUGCAUGUUGACAUGUUUGUUGCUAGUGGGUUGGUGGAUAUGUAUUCAAAGUGCGGGCAUAUAGAGGUUGCUAAGCGAGUUUUUGAAAGAAUGCCUGAGAGAGACGUCGUCAGUUGGAAUGCGAUGAUUACAGGCUUCAGUGUCCACUCUUUGAACAAAGAGGCUUUUUGUUUCUUCAAACAAAUGAGAGAAAAUGGUUUAUUGCCUACUGAAUUUUCCUAUACGAGUGUUAUAAACUCGUGUGCUAGAUUGUCUUCAUUGCCUCAAGGUAGACAAAUACACGCACAAACAGCGAAAGAUGGGUAUGCCGGCGAUGUAUAUGUUGGAAGUGCUUUGAUCGAUAUGUAUGCCAAAUGUGGUAAUGUGGAAGAUGCACGAGUUCUCUUUGAUUGCAUGCCACUAAGGAAUAUCGUUUCCUGGAACGAGAUGAUACACGGGUAUGCACAAAAUGGCUGCGGCAAAAAAGCUGUUGAACUGUUUGAAUAUAUGCUAACCACGGAACAGAAGCCGGAUAGUGUUACUUUUAUUGCUGUUCUUACUGCGUGUAGUCACUCUGGAUUGGUUGAUGAGGCGAUCAAAUACUUUGAUUCCAUGGAAAAAGACUAUAAUAUUAGGCCAUUAGCUGAUCACUACACUUGCAUAAUUGAUUCUGUUGGUCGAGCAGGUCGACUAACGGAAGCAGAGGGGUUAAUACACAAAAUGCCUUGCCAAGAUGAUCCAAUUGUAUGGGAAGUUUUACUUAGCGCAUGUGCUGUUCAAGGGAAUGCUAAACUGGGGAAAUAUGCAGCUGAGAAUCUUCUCAGGCUCGACCCGAACAAUUCGUCGUCGUAUGUUCUUCUGUCAAAUAUAUAUGCUUCUUUAGGUCAGUGGGAUGAUGCAUCGGCUGUUAGAGCAUUGAUGAGCAAUCGUGGGGUUGUAAAAGAUCGAGGGUACAGCUGGAUAAAUCAAAAGGAUGGUGUUCGAGCUUUCAUGGUAUCUGAUGAUUUGUCGAUGGUGGAUGCUGAGAGAGCAGUGAACAAAUGCCACACAAAUGUUCAUAUAAGACACUGAGAUUUCAGUGACAGUUGAUAGAGUUAGAAGAGCUCAAGUUACUGCCCAUUGCAUAGAAAAUUGGAAGAUAAGGCACUGAAUAAGGAGAGCGGCAGAACGCGAGAUUAAAGGAAGAUUGAAGGAAUGGACUAACUGCGGCGACGACGAUAUCAUUGUGAUAUAUUUCGAGCAUAAUUUAAACACUAGAAAUUCAUAGGAGCACAACGAGACCAUCAUAAGUAUCUAGAUCAUGCAGAUGAAUGCAGCAUGAUUUUAUCCAUUCUCCAGAGUAGCUGAAAAGAAGGAAUUAACAAGUUUUACCUGCGAAAGCAGAGAGGUGUUGGAUACAGCACAUAUGUUUCUGUUCUGAUACAAGUGAAAUUACAAAGAGAUAUGAAGAGGAAAAGAAAACAAUGAGAAAAAUUAAGAUGAUGUUUAGUAUGCAUGAAUAGCAUUCUAUUGUUGUAUUAGUACCAAUUUUUGUUGUAUUAGUACCAAUUUGGGAGGUGACAUGGAAGAAGAGGGAGAUAUAGAAGAAGGGGGAUUUGUUGAAUUCUGGCUAGAAAAUUUUGUUUGUGUAAUACAUAGUGUUUGUAUUUAUGGAUAUGAUAUGACUUAUUAUGGAUCAUUCAUUGCUUAUUAGACAUA